AUGGCCCCAACCUCAGCCUUCCUCACGGCCCUGGUGCUACUCAGCUGCAAUGCCAUCUGCUGUCUGGGCUGCGACCUGCCUCAGACCCACAGCCUGGCUCACACCAGGGCCCUGAGGCUCCUGGCACAAAUGAGGAGAAUCUCCCCCUUCUCCUGCCUGGACCACAGAAGGGACUUUGGAUUCCCCCAAGAGGCCUUGGGGGGCAACCAGGUCCAGAAGGCUCAAGCCAUGGCUCUGGUGCAUGAGAUGCUCCAGCAGACCUUCCAGCUCUUCAGCACAGAGGGCUCGGCUGCUGCCUGGGAUGAGAGCCUCCUGCACCAGUUCUGCACUGGACUGGAUCAGCAGCUCAGGGACCUGGAAGCCUGUGUCAUGCAGGAGGUGGGGCUGGAAGGGACCCCCCUGCUGGAGGAGGACUCCAUCCUGGCUGUGAGGAAAUACUUCCACAGACUCACCCUCUAUCUGCAAGAGAAGAGCUACAGCCCCUGUGCCUGGGAGAUCGUCAGGGCAGAAGUCAUGAGAUCCUUCUCUUCCUCCACAAACCUGUGAGACAGAUUCAGGAAGAAGGCGUGACAGACACCUGGUUCAUCGUGGAAAUGCUUCUCACUGACUAACAAGCCCACACUUCCUCCUGUGCUGCCAGGUCACAGACCCUCAUUUCUGUUGUCAUCCUGCUAUGAACUGAGUCAAUUUGUCAAAGGUUUUCAGGAGUACUAAGCAAUGUCAUGUUCAACUCUAUAGGCACAAGUUUCUUACAGAGCCCAUGAUGAUCUAUUUAUUUAUAUAUUUAAAUAUUUAUUUAUUUAAAUAUUUAUAACAUUUAAAUUAUCUUUGUUUAUAUAAAAUUUUGUAUACCUUUACUUUGUGGUAAUAAAAUAAAAUGUGUCUUUACAGGUUAAUUUAUUAUUGUGUUCUAUUUAUUAAAUUUUUAUUAUAGAAAACUUCCUGUAUUUCUUUAUUGUUUAAAAAGAAAUACCUAGCUUGACCAUGCAACUGGGUUCAAGAAUGGAUGACACAAGGGAGUUCCUACUGUAGCACAGUGGAAAUGAAUCCGACUAGUAUCCAUGAGGAUGCAGGUUCAAUUGCUGGCCUUGCUCAGUGGGUUAAGGAUCCGACGUUGCUGUGAGCUGUGAUGUA